AUGUUUCGAGCGACGAAGUGUUUGCGAGUGCCACUGAGAAAUUCUCAACUGAACAUUUUGCGCCCAUCGCAGGUAAACAAUACUUGAGAUUCAAUUACCAUUCAAACAUAACUUCUUAAAGACCGAACUUAUCAAAACGCGCUCGACAGCCUUGGCCCACUACGAGAAAGUCAGCCCGAUUGCAGCUGUGGGCGCCACUCCAGUCGGUGAUGCGAAUGGCAACUACUCGUGAGUUCCGGGGGGUAAAACUUUAAAAAGAAAUGAAAUGGUUUGAAUCAGAUGUGAGAAACUAGUAUCAGAAUAGCACAGGUUCUGAAGAAAAGAAAAAACAGAUCGCACUACAAAUGAAAGUGCGAAGCUUUCUGCAAAGAUCCAAGUUCAAAUUGACGUGUUUGUAGCUCUCCCAACCAUAUACACCACACCAAAAAACAUUUCUGGGCUUAUUUCAUGACUUAACUCAAUGCAAAUGCCAUCAUAUUUUUAAAUUUCUGGCAAAAGCGCUAUAAAUCAACGAUCUACGCGUAUUUGUUCGGCGUUAAUGUUGAUCACUUAUGCUCUAAAGCCGAGAUUAGAAACGGAAAAGAGGGAGGGGGAAAAGAAGAGGUCAAAACUGAUAAGGAAAUGUUUUGGGGGAAAGUGCAUAAAACAAAGAAUUCCGAUUAAUAGUUUCAGCACGAAGACGAGACAGAAGCAUCCACUGAUCAGCACCAGAAAUGAUUUGAAGAAAGCGCAGAGGGUUGUGGUGAAGCUCGGAAGUGCGGUGAUUACCAGAGAAGACGAAUGUGGGUUAGCCCUUGGACGAUUGGCUUCAAUUGUUGAACAGGUCAGUGAAUGUGGGCAAAAUUGGCCAAAAAAAUGGGUGGCCCUUUUUUGAGCCUCAAUUAUAUUAUGCUAUUUCUGGCGCUUGUGCUGCUCGCCUCCAUGCUCUGAACGCAGUUCAAAAUAAAGUGGCCCGGAAAAGUGCGCUGAGCUUUUGAAAUCGAAACACAAAAUAUUGUUGUUCGUGUUCAAUUCAUUUUAGUGGGCUGCAAUAUAGAAGACAUUAAAGGAAAAAGUUCAAGACAUUCAAAUACCAAAAGCACCUACCCGGCACUUAUAAUUGAAUGUGAUGGAGAUCUUGUCUGAGAAUGGGAAUGCUUAGUGUGGGUUGAAUGUUCCGAUGAAGUAUGAAUGUGUCAAAAAUCAACACUGUAAAUGAGAAUACGAAAACAGAGCUCAUCUCGCGAUUACCGUAUUAUUAAAACAAAAACAACACGAAACGGAAAUCUUCCGUUUCUCCCCUGUCAGGUUUACGAGUUAGGAAUAUAAGUUGAGUGCCAUUAAAGCCGAGAUUAGUCAGCAAAAUCCGUGUUAUUUUGGAAAAAAAAAGAGAGCAAAUUCUUUGCAGGUUUCGGAAUUGCAACAGUCGGGAAGACAGAUGCUGAUUGUCUCGUCUGGAGCCGUGGCUUUUGGUAGACAAAAACUCAGACAGGAACUGGUUAUGAGCAUGAGCAUGCGACAAACACUCAGGUAAUACCAAGAACUAAAUAAUAGCAGUCUUGACUUCUGGUAAUGUUAUCCUGAGUUGCCAAAAUCUGAGCGGAUCAGACAGACAUAAAUGUUAACAUUUUUGAAUUAGAAUAAAAUUAUGAAAGAAUAAAUAAUUUCAGAGGACCAUCCGGAAUGACAGCCGACAAGAGGGCGUGUGCGGCGUCUGGAAUGCCGGGACUCAUGUCCUUGUACGAGCAACUCUUCCAGCAGUACGGCAUCACCGUCGCGCAAGUUCUACUCACGAAGCCGGACAUCGACGACGACCAGAGAAGAAAGAACCUGCAAGCGACUAUCGAGAGUCUUCUUUCUUUGAACAUUAUUCCAAUUGUGAAUGCGAAUGACGCAGUCGCGCCAGACCCAAAGCUGAACAUGGUGAGUAGUGGGUACCGGAAAUGAAAUGAGGAAGUGCCGGUGCGCGUCGUGCAUUAUAAUUGUCGUCUGACAUCAUCAAACAACAGCUAUUCUUCUUCGUCCUUUCUUCUUCUUUUUCCUCACUUCCGUUUGCAGCACAUUUCGGACAACGACUCCCUCGCCGCCCGUCUCUCGGCCGAAAUUGAAGCUGAACUUCUUAUCAUCCUCUCGAAUGUGAAUGGCGUCUACACGGGACCACCCGACCUCGAGGGAUCUCGCCUCCUCCACACCUAUGUGCCAUCGGAAAACUCGGGCGUCACAUUCGGAGCGAACAGCAAAUUUGGAACAGGUGGAAUGGAGAGCAAAGUAACGGCUUGUGUGACUGCUCUGAACAAUGGAGUGACUACUGUGAUCACCAACGGACUUGCUCAAGAUGCGAUCACUGAUGCAGUCGCCGGAAAGAAGAUUGGAACCAUGUUCUGCAACACGAAGGGAUACGAAGGACCACCAAUUGAGGAGGUCGCUGAAAAGUGUAUGUUUGCUUCUUGCAUUUUCAUUUUAUUCCAUUUAUCUUCUUUUUAGGCCGUGACGCAGGACGUCAACUUGCCGCUCUUUCAAACAAAGAACGCGGCGCAAUGGUCCGUCAUUUGGCUGCUCUUCUUUUGGACAAGGAAAAGUACAUUAUCGAAGCGAACAAAACCGAUCUCGCCAAUGCGAAAUCUUCGGGACUCGAUGCUCAACUUCUCAACAGAUUAAAGAUGACUCCGGAGAAGUUGCAGGACCUCCACGCCGGCCUGAACACCAUCGCGGACUCCGCAGAAACACUUGUUGGACGUGUUCUCAAAAAGGUCAAGGUUGCCGAGGGACUUUUCCUGGAACAAGUGACUGUUCCGAUCGGCAGCUUGAUGGUGAUCUUCGAAUCGCGACCUGAUUGCCUUCCACAAGUUGCUUCUCUGGCUAUGGCUUCUGGAAAUGCACUUUUGCUGAAAGGAGGAAAAGAAGCAGAGGAAAGCAACAAAGCUCUGCACUCGCUGGUGCAGGAAGCAUUGGGAACACACGGAUUUGAAAUGAGAGAUGCUGUCACACUGGUCAGAACGAGAGAAGAUGUUGCCGAUUUGCUCCAGCUCAAGGUAUACAAAAAAUUAUAGUCUAGAACUUUAAAACGUUUUUGUUCAGAACUUGAUCGACUUGGUGAUCCCACGUGGCUCAUCCGAACUGGUCCGUUCAAUGCAAGAGAAGAGCAAAGGUAUCCCAGUACUCGGACACGCCGAAGGAGUUUGCCACGUGUACAUCGAUAAGGAUUGUGACGAACAAAAAGCGAUUCAAAUUGUGCGUGACUCCAAAUGCGACUAUCCUUCUGCUUGCAAUGCUGCCGAAACUAUUCUCAUCCACAAGGACUUGGCCACUGCACCAUUCUUCGAUUCCCUUUGCUCCAUGUUCAAGGCAGAGGGGGUCAAACUUCAUGCCGGACCAAAACUUGCCGCUCUUCUUAAAUUCGCGCCACCACCAGCUGAGAGCAUGUCAUUCGAGUACGGAUCUUUGGAAUGCACACUGGAAGUUGUUGACAACGUCGAGGAAGCCGUCGCUCACAUCAUCCGUUAUGGAUCUGGUCACACGGAGUCUAUAAUCACCGAAAACAGUGAGUUAUUCCCUCUGAAAACGGAUGCAUUUAUCUAAUUGCUAUUUCUUUUCAGCCGAAACUGCCGAACACUUCCUCAAGCACGUUGACAGCGCGUGUGCAUUCCACAACGCAUCCACCAGAUUCGCCGAUGGAUACCGAUUCGGACUUGGAGCGGAAGUCGGCAUUUCGACAGGAAGAAUUCAUGCUCGUGGACCGGUUGGAGUGGAGGGACUUCUGACGACCAAGUGGUUGCUUAGAGGAGAAGGCCAUCUCGUCGAAGACUUCAAAAACGGAAAAUACUCGUACAUUCACGAGAACCUCAACCCAAGCGAGAUCUUCCGAGCGCUCGACGCAACUGCCGAUCUAAAGAAAUCCGCUUCUGCUUGA